AUGAGUGCGAUCACGGGGUACGUGUCUCUCUCCGACCGGCUUGCUCCGGUCAUCAUCACGCUCUCCAGGUCCCUCCGUGCUGUUGAAAUGAUAACCGAAUCGGAAGCUAUGCCACAGCCCUCCGGUGGCCGGAACUUCCGGCUGUGGGUGUCACUGUGUGGCCUCUUUGGGAGCCUCCGGGGGACGUUCGUGACCCGGAAUUCGAGGCCCAAUAUUGUCCUCUUGAUGGCGGAUGACCUGGGGAUUGGAGAUCUAUGUUGCUAUGGCAACAACACAGUCAGCACCCCCAACAUCGACCGCCUGGCCAGUGAGGGAGUGAUGCUCACCCAGCACCUGGCCGCUGCCUCCAUGUGCACCCCAAGUCGGGCUGCCUUCCUGACUGGCCGCUACCCCAUUCGAUCAGGGAUGGCGUCGGCGUUCAACAUGCAUCGCGGCAUCGUCUGGCUGGGGGGCUCCGGCGGUCUCCCCACCAACGAGACGACGUUCGCCAAGUUGCUGCAAGAUCGUGGCUACCGCACGGGACUCAUAGGAAAGUGGCACCAGGGCCUGAGCUGUGCCUCCCGGGGCGACCACUGCUACCACCCCCUGAACCACGGGUUCGACUAUUUCUACGGGAUGCCCUUCGGCCUCCUGAGCGACUGCCGGGCGUCCGAGACCCCAGAGCUGCACCACCGGCUGAGGGUCACGCUGGGCGUCUCCACGGCCGCCCUGGCCCUGGUCCCCGUCCUGCUGCUCAUCCCCACCUGCGCCCGCUGGUUCGUGGUGCCCUGGGGGCUCAUCCUGGCCAUCGCCCUUCUGGUGCUGCUGUUCUUCCUGGGCUGGUACUCCAGCUAUGGGUUCGUCCGGCGCUGGAACUGUGUGCUGAUGCGGAACCAUGACAUCGUGCAGCAGCCCGUGAGGGAGGAGCGGGUGUCGUCGCUGCUGCUCCGGGAGGCCCUGGCCUUCGUCCGCAGGACCCCCAACAUCGACAGCUUAGCCAGAGAAGGUGUCCAACUGACCCAGCACAUCGCUGCCGCCUCCGCGUGCACCCCAAGCCGGUCCGCUUUCCUCACGGGAAGGUACCCGAUCCGAUCAGGGAAAUGGCAUCAGGGCUUAAACUGCAACUUCCGAAAUGACCACUGCCGCCACCCGUACCACUAUGGGUUCGAUUACUUCUACGGCAUGCCAUACAGUCUGUUCGACACGUGCUGGCCGGACCCUUCCCGGGACGCGGAAUUAGCCAUCAGCGACCGACUCUGGGUCUGCGUGCAGCUGGUCGCCCUGGCUGCGGUCACUCUCGCUGUCGGGAAACUGAGUCGCAUGCUCUGCGUUCCCUGGGCCCUCAUCCUCUUCCUGGUUCUUCUCAUCCUUCUACUGGGCCACUUCUGGCUGAACAGUUACCAGUCGACCCUGUACUGGGAUUGCCUCCUCAUGAGGGAGCAAGAAAUUACCGAGCAGCCCAUGAAGGCGGAAAGAGCUGGGUCCAUCAUGGUGAAGGAGGCAAUUUCGUUUUUUGAAAGGUAA